GAAAAAGGGAGAUGGACCAAUGUAAGACUUGGAUUAUCACUUGCUUUUGUCUUCAACUGCUCCUACUAAAUCCUCUUGUCAAAGCCCAGAAUUCCUGUGGGAAUCCAGUGACAGAUGAUGCGAAUGACAUUGCAAAAUUGGUUGGAAAUCUCCCAAAUGAUUAUUUGAUAACCCUUAAAUAUGUCCCGAAGAUGGAUAGCCUGCCUAUUCACUGUUGGUUGCAUUUGAUGGUGCCUGAAUUUUCAAGAAGUCUACACAGUCUUCUCCAGAAAUUUUCAGAUAUUUCAGAUAUGUCUGAUGUUUUAAGCAACUAUUCAAUCAUCAAUAAUCUCACAAGGAUAAUUAAUGAUCUUAUGGCAUGUCUAGCUUUUGAUAAAAAUAAGGAUUUUGUAAGAGAAAAUGGUCAUCUUUAUAAAGAGGGUCACUUCAUUCCUGAGGACUUUUUUAGUCACUUUAAUAGUACCAUUGAGGUCUAUAAGGAGUUUGCAGACACCUUGAAUCAGAAUGAGUGCAUUCUGCCUUCAACAGUAGAAACACCAGAGAAAGAUUCCAGAGUCGCUGUCACAAAAACAUUUUUGUUUCCUCCUGUUGCUGCCAGCUCCCUUAGGAAUGACAGCAUUGGCAGUAACACUAGCAGUAACAAAGAAGCACUUGGCUUCGUUAGCAGUCCGAGCCUGCAAGGGAUCAGCAUAGCACUGACAUCACUUCUGUCUCUUCUUAUUGGCUUUAUUUUGGGAGCCAUAUACUGGAAGAAAACACAUCCCAAGUCCAGAGCAGAAAGUGAUGAAACUACACAGUGUAAUGACUGUCAAGAAGAAAAUGAGAUAAGUAUGUUGCAGCAAAAAGAAAAAGACCAUCUACAAGUGUAG